GCCGAGUUCAAGAGGGGAAGGAAACGAACGUAAGACUAGAAUUUCCUUGCACGAUACUUAUGUUCCGACGAUGUGGUAGUUCGUCGCAACUCCGUCUACAUAAAUGUAUGAGUACACACGCUAUUAUCAAGAUUGCGGAAUGUCAGUAGCGACUGAUUAAACCCAAGAGAGUUGACUCUUCCUUAUACCUCCUUUCUCUUUUUUUUUUUUUCGCGGUGUCAUCGCGCGCAGCGUGUUCCCCCGUCGCACCGAUUAUCUCUUCCCUACACUCCCUCCACCACCACCUGUUCGGCGUGACUACGCUCGCUUGGUUGUGUUGUGCCGCGAUCAACCGCGAUUCCGCUUUUGUGCGCUGCGAGAGCCACGCGCGUUGUCACGCAGCGAAAGUUUUAAUCAGUCCUGAUCGUGCCCGUGAGCUCUACUGGAGUGAGUCUGCAUUUGUAAGAACGUUUGUAAACUGUCGAACAUCCGAAAUGGCACCAGCUCUCAGCAAAUUCGCUACCAGGCGCAACCUGGCCGGUGCGGUCGCAGUCAGCACGCUUAUUUGGAUACUGAGAAAUCGCAGCAGGCGAAGGACGAAGAAGUCUAGGGAUCAGUGGCCGGUGAACAAUGACAUUCAGUACAUCAUCAAGGAGGAGAAGCCGAAAGGUCCGAAGGCGCAGGUGAAUGCCGCCUUCUUCCGUAUGCUCUAUCAGUUGCUCAAGAUCGGUAUACCCAGUGUGUUGUCACCUGAAUUCGGUUGUGUUGUACUAGUGGCAGUUGCUUUGGUCGGUAGGACUCUGUGUGAUUUGUGGUUGAUCAAAAAAGGAACUCUGAUAGAAACGUCAAUUGUUAACAUGGAUGGUCCAGUGUUUAGAAGUCAUUUGUUGAAUCUGCUUGGAAUGGUGCCUGUGAUAUCUGUGGUGAACAAUGUAUUGAAAUAUGGUUUAAGUGAAAUGAAGUUGAGGUUACGUACAAAUAUCACACGACACUUGCUGGAUCAUUAUCUCAAGAGUUUUACUUACUACAAAAUGAGCAAUUUGGAUUCUCGUAUUUCAAAUCCUGAUCAGCUAUUGACUACAGAUGUUGAUAAAUUUUGUGAUAGCUGUACAGACUUUUACAGUAAUGUGGCAAAGCCUUUGUUAGACAUUGGUAUUUAUGUAUACAAAUUAACUUCCACUGUCGGUGGACAGACGCCGCUUUUGAUACUUUCCUACUUAGUAGUGGCUGGCAUUUUUCUGACUCAUCUUCGCAGACCAAUCGGAGCGAUGACGGUGAAAGAACAACGACUAGAAGGAGAGUACCGUCAUAUUCAUUCACGAUUGAUCACCAACUCAGAGGAAAUAUCGUUUUAUGGAGGAAAUAAUAGAGAAAAAUUAACGAUGUUAACCAGUUUUCAUAAACUGGUGACACAUCUGCGUAAAUUUUUGGAAUUCAAAGUCUUCACGGGUGUCAUAGACAAUUUUGUUGGAAAAUAUUUUGCCACCGUAGUUGGCUUCUACGCGGUGAGCUUGCCUUUCUUUCAGAAAAAUCAUCCUAUACUCUCGGGUACGCCCGAUCAUCGAUUCAAGUCGUACUAUACGUACGGUCGAAUGCUGGUGAAGCUGGCCGAAGCAAUCGGACGACUGGUAUUAGCCAGUAGAGAACUAACACGUUUAGCAGGAUUCACAGUGCGAGUCACCGAAAUCAAAAACGUUCUCGAUGAAUUGAACGCUGGGAAAUAUGUACGAACGAUGAUCUCGGAUUGCAAGAACAAUGCAAUCGGUUAUCCUGGUGGCGGCAGAAUUGUACCUCGCGACAAUGUCAUACGAUUCGAUCACGUGGCUUUGGUAACGCCGAACGGAGACGUGCUUAUCAAAGAAUUGUCCUUUGAGGUAAAGUCGGGAAUGAACGUAUUAGUUUGUGGUCCGAACGGUUGCGGCAAGAGUUCUAUGUUCAGGAUUCUUGGCGAGUUGUGGCCUGUGUGGUCUGGCACUAUUACAAAACCACCACGUGGAAAGCUUUUUUAUAUUCCACAACGUCCUUAUAUGACUCUGGGUACACUGAGAGAUCAGAUAAUUUAUCCGCAUACAAAGGCGGAAAUGAUAAGACGAGGAAAUGUCAGUGACGAGGAUCUCAAAAAGUUUUUGGACUUGGUGCAGUUGACUCAUUUAUUGGACAGAGAAAAUCUCGUCAAUAGCGAAGGACAAGGCUGGGACACAGUGGCCGAUUGGAUGGACGUUUUAUCGGGUGGCGAGAAGCAACGCAUAGCAAUGGCUCGAUUAUUUUAUCACAAACCUCAAUUCGCGAUCCUGGACGAAUGCACGAGCGCAGUUAGCGUGGACGUCGAAGACUCUAUGUACAUGUAUUGUAGGAAAGAAAAUAUUACGCUUUUCACAGUUUCGCAUCGACGCUCGCUCUGGAAGCAUCACGAGUACUAUUUACAUAUGGACGGUAGAGGAAGUUACACGUUUAAGCCGAUCGAUCAAGACACGGAAGAAUUCGGAUCGUGAAUUCUUGCGUCCCUUGCACACGCGAGAAUGCGUUUGCAUGCAAGGGACAUUUAACUUAGACUAUGUUAUAUAGUGUAAUAGACGAAAUUUUAAUGUCUGUGAAAAAAGUGCUAUAUAUAUAUAUAUAUAUGUUAAAUAUUAUAUAACAUAUAUUUUUUCUCUCUGCAAAAAAAACGUGUACAGGGUAUGUAUGUACUAUACGAAUGAGCACUGUAUUGCGAAGCAAAAAGUAAAUGACGCAUUUUUGCGAUCAUUUUCAACGUCAUCGAUCCUUUCCCGCACAUAGAUAUUUAAACUUACAAAUGCACAAAUUUAUAUUUUGAUCUAUUUUUCUAUCGAUGUUUUUACGGGAUGUAAAAUGAUGUGUUCUUGCUCGUGCUCCGAGGUGAAGACCAAAGAUGUUUUUUUUAAAUAUAUAUAUACAUACAUGUGUAUAUAGAAUAUGUGUAAUAUAUAUAUGU